AUGACCGGCCUCGACGCCGAAAAUGAUCAAAUCCUUCAAAUCUGCUGCUUCAUCACCGAUGCUCAACUCCAAAUCCUCGAGCCCAACGGAUUUGAGACCGUCAUCCACCAUCCCGACUCCACCCUCAACGCCAUGAAUCCGUGGUGUAUUGACACGCACGGUCGCACGGGCCUCACCGCCGCUGUCCGCGCCUCGACCACAAGCCCCUCCGUCGCUGCUGAAUCGCUCCUUGCCUACAUCAAGCGCUACGUACCAACCCCGCGCACUGCCUUAUUGGCUGGUAACAGUGUACAUGCUGAUAAAGCAUUCCUGGUGCGUGGCCCUUACGCUGCAAUCAUGGAACACUUGCAUUACCGGAUUCUGGAUGUUAGUACUAUUAAAGAGGCGGCGAGACGGUGGGGUAGUGAUGAGCUAUUAGCGUCUGUUCCACCAAAGCGGACGGUGCAUCUAGCGAGAGAUGAUAUUCUGGAGAGUAUCGCCGAGAUGCGCUAUUAUAAGGAGAAAUUGUUCAAUUAG